GAUUCAGUUGGUGCCGAUUUCUCCACAGGAUAAGGCACAUCAUCAGUUGGGAUACAAAACUGCGCAGAAUCGAUUUUGGACCACAGUGUAUUGUACUUCAUCUAGUCAAAAUAGUUGUAUUACAUUGUUACAGCACAUCUACUGACGCAAGACAUGGCUUUCUACUAUCCAGUAUUGGCUUUAAUUCUCUCGACUGGAACCUCUGUGUUCUCGAAGAGUUUGGCAAUGGAGCCAUUUCACCACAUUCAAGACUUUUCAGACAUUGAACGACAGAAAAGGCAAUCUCACCCCGCUGCUACAGUGGCCAGGUACCAGGAGAGACCAUCCAGCAUUCUCCAGCGAGAGGGAUUCCAGAACGACCAGUUGGUCGACUACCUGACACCGCCAAGACCACCAGACCCGCUCGACGUCUUUGGGAAAGGAUCAGGAUUCAAUUCAGGACCAUCAACACCCUCCCCACCAGUUCUCCCCGGAACAUCUCUGCAGCAAUCGGCUGAUGGCAAAUGGAAUCUGGGAUACAAUGCUGACGAAGUCCUCAUUCCACCCAUAGAUCCUUACCUUUUUGGUCCUGAAACCAAAUACAACACUAUCCAGCAACAAACGAAAACUAUCCAGGGUGGUUUGUUUGGUUCUACAAAGAGUUCAAACGACAACUCCCCAACUAAGUCUUCAUCAUCAUCGACAUUAUUUGAUGGUUUAAACUUUGACAAGGACCCUUUCUUCAACACAGAAACAUCAGGAAAGAAUGUGAAUAAGCCUAACACUAACAACAACUUCCAAGACCCAUUAAACAAUGACGACGACACAAAAUUUAAACCCUUCAUACCAUCUCCCAGUUUUCCAGCAGCAGAUGCAGUAACUAAUGGCCAUUCAGGAAGCCCCACCAAUCACCUACAAGCAAACCCCGAUAACUUGAACCCUACGGAGCCCAGCUUGAGCUUUUUGGCCAAUGCUGCUUUGGGUUUCAUCAAUGCGAACCCCCAGAAUAACGGUCUGCGUUCUCAAAACUUCAACUUUGACACAAUAUCGCACAGUUUCGAGAACACCAAUCCUCCUCAAAACAAUUUCAAUCUGCAAAAUCACAAUCUUGACACACAAUCUCAAGGCUUCGUGCCUUUGAUCACAAAUAACAACAACAAUAACGUUCAAACGAAUCAAAACUUCCGAGCAACUAAUCCAAAUUUCAAUAACUUUCCCGUAAACAACUUCCAAGGAACUCAGCAUUCCAACACUGAUAUUUUUGGUAAUAAUUAUCGUGGAGCCCAGACCACUAACGUUGAUGUCAGUGUACCUUUCGUGAAGAGACAGACAGAUCACAAUAAAAGACAAGUAGAUUCUGAGGAGGAGAAUGAAAGUGCUGAAGAAAAUGAUGCUGAAGAUGAUCACCAUAAGCCAAGUGGUCCGGUGUACACAUUCGUCAAAACUGAUAAGCAUGGACACUUCAAAUGGGGAGUGAGGCAUAUGGUUUGAUGACUGUUCACAGGUGCAAAGUUUCACAAUAACCAUUUCAAAAUAUUUUAUUUUCCUACUCAGAACAAUUUAAGUGAACUGACUUCCAUUCCUAUUCUAGUCUCAACUGGAUUUCCAAUUUUAAAUAUUAUUAUGUACAGUCACUGGUUCUUAAAUGCAAUAUUUUCCUUAUAAACUCACAUUUUGGUACUAGUGUAGAUUGGAUUAAUUUAUUAUUAUUGUAGAUGUGUAAAUUAUAUUAGAAUUUCAGUAAUGCUUGUUUCCUGAGUAUCAUUUUUAUAUUCCUUCACUAGAGAAUUGAUAUCAAUUAAGGUAGUAUCAUUCAAGUGAUUUUAGUAUUUAUAUUUUGGAAAAUCAUUUCUGGAGACGAUAUCAAGAUAGGGCUGGGCAACUAACUGUUACCAGUCUGGACAAUUUAUCCACAAUAAAAAAAUCAAUUAUUAUUUAGCUAACAAGCACCAUAUAGAAAUAAAUUAAUUCUGGUAUUAAAAUAACUACUCUCA